GCGUAUCCCUGUUCGUAUGUCCGUCUUUGAAGCAUAGGUACGCCAUGUUCUCGGUCGUUGUAUCAAGAGAGAAACAACGUCGUAGUGGAAGGGAGAGAUAGUGAACAGAAGGCAGUAGAAGAGUAAGAGAGAACACGAACAGAAGGUAGAGAGGAAAGGAAACAGAUAGACGGAUGACAGAAAUGCAUAGCCGUGCUAGCAGCAGCGAGAACAGCAGCAGCGCAUAGAGGAGAGAUCGCGUCGUCCACGCGUAAUUCGGGGCGUGUGCUAGGUUGGUCGGUUUCCCUGGUGGCUGCGAAUCAAAGAUGUGCCGGUGGCAGUGCGGAAUACGCGUCAUCGUCCCGUGACGACAACGUUACAGAGGUGCGAGACUGCGAGCACGGUGUAGGCAGGUCGCGGCCAUUUUUACCACACGAUGCGGCAACCGUGCGUGCCCGUUCGAUCCGCCAUUCCAAACAAUCGGUGUACUUCGUGCCCUCUCAGGGUGCCUCUAGCCACGACGACUGGUCGAGGCAUCGUCGAGCAACGAUAAUACGUGCCAGUUUAUCCUCGAAAGGAGCUGGAGGAAUUUGUUGGGACGAGCACGACGGGACAGCUCGGGAAAGCCGGCAGUGCUGGUGGUGGACGUCGACGAGGACGACGUGGAGGAAGAGGAGAAAGAAAAGAAGAACAACGAUGAUAACGAACACGACGAUGGCAAUGACGACGACGACGAUGACGAUAGUGAUGAUGGCGAAAAAGAAACUCGAACAGCCGAUCGGUCGGAAUACGAAUGGAGCUGUUCGAGCGUGCCUGUGAUUCGUGAUAAUCCCGCAGUGUGUUCGCCGAUGAUAGUGCCGUUUGUGCCAGUGUCUCCGUUUCUCUCCGUGCGUCGCUCUCCGUCAGUCCGCCCUGCGUGCGUGUUUCGCGUGCCUCCUCGCCACGCACCGGACUCUCUCCUCUUCCUCGCCAGCGCGAUCGAUGUGACACCGUGUGACCGUUCGAACGUCUUUUCCCGACGAGAAUUCGCGCUGAUUGCCAUAGAACGCUGAUACCUGGAACACGCCAACACGGUGAAUCAAAACGGUGUUAGAUGCGCGGUGUCAGGACGGUAAACGUCCCGUGAGAGUGUGUUUCGAAGGCAGUGCGUGUGCUCUCUUACUCACGCUCCUUCCACCUUUCUCUUACCCCGCCAUCUGUCUCUUUUAUUCGCUUAUUCUCUGUUUUUCCUGUUUCCCCGUCUCUCUGCCUCUCUGUCACGCUGAACAAGCAUCAAAGACGACCCGUAGGAAUGCUCGACGAUACCGCGAUACGACGCUGCUCGUCAUCCUUCUCCUCCUCGUCGUGCUCGUUCCUCCUGGAUUCGUUUACUUCUUCGGCUUCCUCGAAGCUGAAGCGCUGAAAGCCACCUCCUCGAUCGUGAGGUGACGAGUACCUCGUAGUAGGGCGCGACGACGGCCCUCGGCAAGGGAACACCGCGUCUCCCUCGACAUGGAGAUCGAGGCGAAACAACGGAACCAGAGGAAUCGGAGACGAGAGCGAGCCCAGCGUAUGUUGGCGCAGAGGGAGAGCCUGGCCACCGCGAAGCAGCAGCAACAGCAACAGCAACAACAGCAGCAACAGUCGAGGCAACGGCCAAACGACGAGGAGGACAGCCACAGCGGCGAGGACGAGGACCCCGCCGCCGGUCUUGGCCUCGGACUCGCCAGGACCGGUCAUCCUCGUGACAGCCAUUCGCGACCGCCCAGGCCACCGCGACCCCCGAGGCCUCGCAAGAAGUCUUCCCUCGCGGCUGCCAACCAGAAGGAGCCUCCCUUCGAGGAGGACAUUAUCGACGGCUUUGCCAUACUCGCCUUCCGCACCUACGAGGAACUUGAGAGUGCAAUAAAGUUAGCUGGUAAAAAUAAUGUCAAGAAACUACACACGCUACUGUCAAUAGUGGAAGAGAAACCAAAGGUGGAUACAGGACAGAAUAAUAGACACAACGAGCAUCACAUCAAAAAUCAUUUCAAGCACAACCAUUAUACACACAGUUCCAUACUGACACCUUCGACGCUUAACCAGGGCCUAGAUGCAGGUACAAGCGACGAUAGUGGUAGAGCAUCUGAACAACUGCAUGGCCCUGGUAUACCUAGGGAUUGCCAGGACGCAGACAGUUCCAGGGACCACCUCAGCGAUGCUAGCAGUCAUUGCAGUUCGGGUAAAGGUUAUAUCUGUGAUAGUGAAGGAGAAGACGAUAAGGGCUCGGAUGCUGAAUCGAUACUCUUUGAAUCUUCUACCCCACCACCCCUUGCACGUAAAUACGAAUUGCCAUCAUCUUCGCCACACGUUUUGCCUCCAGCAAACGGAGCCGGAGGUUCUCCUCCUGACACGGGUGGACAAAUUUCAAAUCCAGCAACGGAUGCUCCGGCACCUAUACCACCUCCCGUGCCCGCGUCUGCGCCAGUUCCAACAGCACCAAGUCCUCCCAGUCCUACAUUACCCCCUCACAUAUCCCAACCACCUAUGACUAGUCCAUUGGCAGCAAAUCCACGUGCAAUAGCUCCUCAACAGCGGCCAGCUUCCCCUGCUCUGCCACCUCCAUCCCUUUCCCAACAGCCUCACACAACGAUACCCGCGUUACAUCCACCCAAUGUACCACUUAUUUCGUCGAGUCAUACAACUAGUCCUGCGGUAGCAAGUUUAGGUGUUACCCCAGCAGCACCAUCAAACGGAGCUACCACCACUAGCUACCCACCAUCGAUACCCAUGGCUGCUUAUCCACAAACUCAACCAUCUUAUCCUCCUCUUUAUACGCCGUACACUGCUCUCAAUCACAGUCCAUACCUUCCACCUGCGGUUCCAUCUCCCUCCCAUUCUGCUUCUUCACGGGCAGAGGUGAGAGGAAGUAGAGCUUCCCCGUGUACUAACAUAAAUAAACAGCCUGUAGGAAAUAAUACCACAAAUCAUAAUACUCCGUUAAGUGCUGCCACUACGACAUGCGUGUCUACGAUAACUAACACAGUUACUACGGCAAAUACUAUUGCUCACAGAGACAUGGUAGCCUGCAGUUUAACUGGAAGAAACAAUAAUUCCCCCCGUGGACAUAGCCCGAAUCGAGAAAGGGAGAGUUAUAGCAGUAACGUCAGUAGCUUAAGUCGAGGUAGCAUAACGCCCGUAAGUGUGCCAAACACAUCUUCGCCAGCCAAUUCUAGUCUACCUGCUUAUUCCAAGCCACAAGGAUGGAUUGGUAGCAGCACAACGUCACAAUUGUCUCCAGCAACAGCAACAUCAGUACCAAGGCCGACACCUCCACCAGUUCCACUUGGAAUGCAUACAUUUCCUCCACCAAUGUUUGCCGCACCGUUACCACCUCCCGUCUCCAGUUCCAGUCCACAUACAUCACUGCCUUCGUUACCACCGCCAACGACCAAUCCCAAUCCAUUCUCUGCCGAAUCACUUUUUCAAACAAGGGUGCCUCAUGUCGCAGGUCAGGCAGACCUGUUAAGGCGAGAGCUUGACAAUAGAUUUUUGGCAACUCAAGACAGAAACGUUGGAGUCGGAGUCGGCAAUUUAGGUCCACCUCCUUACCUUAGGACAGAAAUGCAUCAUCAUCAACAUCAGCACACUCAUGUACAUCAACACACCACACCUCUACUUCCACCUGCAGCUGCAACAACGUUAUUUCCACCGCCUAUAUUUAAGGAUAUCCCAAAAUUAGGAGGUGUUGAGUCUCCAUUUUUUCGUGGGAAUUUAAAUCUUUCUAGUUAUUCCGGUUUUAAUACCGGUCUUUUACAUCCUGGAAUUGGACCACCUUCGACUCCUUUCGUACCGCCUAAUCACUUAACAUCAUUUGCACCAAAGAAAAGUGGAAAAUGGAAUGCAAUGCACGUGCGCAUUGCUUGGGAAAUUUAUCAUCAUCAACAGAAACAACAGGCAGAAGCUAAAGCAGGAAGCGUUGUUAAUACUAAAACGGAGUUACUGAGACCACCGGGUCAUCUUUAUCCAGGAGGACCAGGAGGUGGUCUUGGAAUAGGUGCACCACCAAUGGCCCCUCCAUUUCCUACUAAUAUACCACCAGCUCAUCCUGCACCACCACCACCUCAUCCUGUUGGUUGCUUAUCUACACCAGCCUCGCAUUUAGGGACAGGAAUGUCACCAUUUGGAAGAUAUCCAUCAACGUUUGGCGGACCAAAUCCUAAUUUCCCUGGCCUUUCUACUUUUCCUCCAUCAAGGGAAAUGCCACCACUGGGUGGGCUGGGUUCUGUACACGAUCCAUGGAGAGGAUUACAACGAGCAUCAACUGGCUUUCCACCAACAACGGUAUCGUGGAGUCUAAAACCGGAACCACCUGCGAUCGACAGACGAGCCGAGCUUGAAGAACGAGAACGUGAACGUGAGCGCGAACGCGAGCGUGAACGGGAACGGGAACGAGAGCGGGAAAGAGAACGUGAGCGUGAACGGGAACGAGAGCGUGAGCGUAUCAGACGCGAGAAGGAAAGGGAGCGGGAAGAACAACGAGAAAGGGAAAGACGGGAACGCGAAAAGGAAGAGAAAAGGAAACAGCAAGAGGCUGCUGAAAGGGAGAGAGAAAGAAGGGAUAAAGAACGCCGCGAAAUGGAAAGACGGGAAAUGGAACGCGAAAGGUUGCUUCAUCAAAAUCGGCAACAUGUAGUGGUAGGUCGAGAACGGUCGCCUUUGAGGAAUGGAUCAGCUCCUAUGGAUGCUGGUGAGGUACGAGUUAAAGAAGAGCCACGAAGCAAAGACGAUGAAGUGGUGAUGCUUCCACGGCCACCGGGUCCCGGUCCUGGAGCGGCGUCCGCGACAGGACCUGGUCCAAGUCCACUGCCUGACACGAGAUAUCAUCAUCCUCAUCCUCAUUCAUACCUUGCAAGGCAUCCGCAUACUAUGCCUGCGCCGCAUUCCAUGCCACGAAGUAUGCUACCUGGAUUAGGUGCUCAUCCGAUGCAACAUUUUCCACUCCCGUCUGCGCCUACCGGUCAACCAGGCGGUCCUUGGCCUGGAGAUCCUUUCAGAGAUUAUCGUUACGACCCCUUACAACAAUUACGUUAUAAUCCACUGAUGGCUGCCGCCGCGUUUCGAGCAGAAGAAGAAGAAAGAGCUAAACUAUAUGCCGGAUACCCACCACCACCACCUGUAAAUUCUUUAAGAAGCAAGGAUCCAAGUCCUGGUCCAUUGAGCAAUUUACACAUGCAUCAUAGAGCAGGGCCUGGACCUGGAGUACCAACACGACAGUUAGAGCCUGCUUUGAUGCACGCGGAUAUACACAAAAAGGAGGAUGCAUCCCAAUCCCGAUGAUAUAUCCUCCCCACGUCCUCAGCUUCUACAAGUGAACGCGCUAAAGGGCCAGCAUUCUGAGCAUUUACGUAAAGUUUUCAGGCCCCGGUGCUAAUAUUUUGCUAAUGGAGAAGAGGCGUUAUUUAAAAAAAGUUGUACAUAAAUUAUAUAAUAUUUAUAGUUAUCAAAAGAGAGUGCGAGAAAAAGAUGAACAGUGUAGAACAUUUAAAAAACGCACCCGUAAAGAAGAUCGUUAACGAAAAUGCCUUCGCGAUCGAUUAAGGUUCCGUCUAUCACGUGACAAAACUUAAAGGCGGUUCCUUAAUAUAAACUACCAAGGCAUACAAUUAAAAUGAUGCAGUCAUAAAUAAAAAAGAUAAUGACGAUGUUAUUGUGAUUCUCUGCGAGUUUCGGGGAUUUGACUGUUCAUAGCGAUCUAAACUUUAAUCAUUACGGUAACUAUGCGUACAGUUAAAACAAAAAAGUAUCGUGUGUAAUAUUAUAGAUAUUGUAGAAUGCGAGACGAUGCUACGUAAAGAAAGAAAUCCAAGUUAAGAGAAAAGUUAAGCGGAUCUCUACCAUUACUCAAAAAAAAUUAUUUAAUUAUUUAUUUAUUGCGACGUAUAAACGAAUCUCUACUACCGACGUACGGAUAUGAUCGUAAACAAAAAAAGUUGCCCUAAUUUAAUCGAUAUAACUUAACAAAAAAAAAAGGUUAUGAAAUAUUCUUUUCUUAUAGAGAUUAUUCAUUUGUACCGUAGAAGUAAUAGUGAAAAAAUUAACAGGGCAAAAGAACAGAUAUCUUUGGCUUUUGGCAGCACAAGCUUGCUUUUUUCUUUAUUUACGUGGAAAUUAGAAUUGCACUCUGGUGCUUUCCUGUGAUAUAAAAGUAAGAUCAUUCAGAAGCGUUGCGAUUGUUUUUUGUCAUAAUUUGUAAAAUAAAAAGAAGGAAACGGAAGGACAUAUGCAAUGUAUGUGACUCAAAUUGUUUUUCAACAAAAAAGGUAUCGCUGCAUUUUUGCAUUGAAAAAAAUUUGUAUUUGACAAGGAACAUGGAAUUUAUGAGUAAACAAAUACAAAAGCAGUUUGUCCGUGCCAAAGUGCUUUAAUCAAAAAACAUUUAACGCUAUGUAGAAAAAUUGCAACUUCUGAUUUUGUACCUAACAAAAAUUGAGAAAGAAA